AUGAAGCAGUGGUUUCUCGACGGAACUCACAGGGUUCCGAUCCCCGAGCCCAGUGAAUAUGAGGUUCUAGUAAAGUUCCACGCUGCUUCACUCAACUUCAGAGACGUUAUGAUUGCAAAUGGACAAUACUAUAUCAAAACCAAGGAUGGAGUGAUUCCAGGAUCCGAUGCUGCGGGUGAAAUCGUCAAAGUUGGUACCAAGGUGACCAGAUUUUCUGCGGGCCAACGGGUUUCACCCAUCUUUCAUUUGACACACCUGUAUGGCUCUGUGAAUGAUGCCGACAUAAACCACCAGCUGGGCGGCACCCACGACGGGGUGUUUUGCGAGUACGGUGUGUUCAACGAGCAUGGUUGCGUGCAAAUCCCAUCAACCUUAUCUUAUCGCGAAGCUGCCACUCUUCCUUGUGCUGCCCUUACAGCCUGGAACGCCCUUUAUGGGGGUCCGAGACAGUUGAAGCCCGGGGAUGUGGUUCUGACGCAAGGCAGCGGUGGUGUUAGCAUAUUUGCGCUCCAGUUCGCGAAGCUCGGGGGCGCACAAGUAAUCUCGACAACCAGCAGUAGGGAAAAGGGUGCCAAGCUGCGAGAUCUGGGCGCAGACCUCAUCAUAAAUUAUGCCGAGGAUAGCGAAUGGGGCGAGACGGCCAAAAGUCUCUCGCACCGCAAGCGAGGGGUGGAUUUUGUGGUCGAGGUUGCCAAUACUAUGGCUCAAUCUUCCCAGGCUGUCGCUAACGACGGGUGCAUUGCGACUAUUGGAAGAAGAGGAGGCUCGGAAGGAGGGGCUGGAUCUUCUCACAGCUCGAUGCUAGCAACUGUGAGAAGGAUUUUGGUGGGCAACAGGCAGCUUCAGGAGGAUAUGAAUGCUGCUAUUGAAGUCAGCAAUCUCAAACCGCAAAUUGAUGGCCGUUCAUUCCACUUCCGCGAACUCAAGGAAGCAUUUGAUUACUUCCAGAAGGGAACCCACUUCGGGAAGGUGGUUGUGGACUUUGACUAA